AUGGCUCGGCUUGGGAUUUCGCCACCUCCGGCAUUUUUACAAAGCCCAGGUGUGUCAACGGUGCCUUUUGAAGCAUGGAUUCGCAUGUUUGACAACUACGUGCUUGCCCUGGCCGACAAAAUGGGGGACAAGAGGAACAGUGCUUUGUUGAUACAUACAGUCGGCGCGGAGGCUCAGCGGAUUUUCCACACGCUGCCGGAAAUUGGAGUUUCCGACGAAGAUGCCCUAAAGACAUUUUUUUGUGCCAAAACUGAACGUUGUCGCGGAGUGGAACAAGUUUCUCCAGAGAGCCCAACGAGCUGGUGA